AUGACGUUGAGCGACGCGCAAUUCAUGUUUUCGUUCAACUUCGACGAAUAUGCUAAAGCAGUUCACAAUUCAACAACUGGAUGGAUCUUCGAUAUCCGAAGACGGAAUAAAUGCCCAAGGAUGAAAGCCGAUGAUAAAAGUCGAAGAGCGUAUGAAGAUAGGCAAAUGCUUGAGCUGUACUCGAGUGCCGAGCGGAAACUUCGGAGUCGAGCAGAUGCGACACGAGAAAGAAGAGGAACAGAAACGAGCCGAAGA